UCGUGAAAUAUAACUAUUGAUUGUGAUAAUGAAUUAUUAUUUUAAUAUUGAUUGUAAUUUCAGUACUUCAUUUUUUACUGAUGCUUUAAUAUAAAUGUUGAUUGCCAUUUAACAAACAAUGAUUAACAAUAUCUUUGAGCUUUUGACACAGCAGAUGCCGAGAACUAAGGUGGUCAAGAAAGGAGCAAAAAAGGAAAGUAGGAGAGAAGGUCAAGAUGAAAAUAUUGCGAUAGCAAAAAUAUUGGUAGAUUUCGAAAAAAAAUCUUCGAGCAUGAUAAAAGAGGAGAAAGAGCGACAAAUUUCGUUAGUUACGAAGCACUACUGUGAUCUGAUAAAUUCGAUUUCAGGAACUGUUUUAACCAUGACGAUUGGCGAAUGUAAACGUCUGGGUACUUCAUUACACAAUGGCACAUUAUCCAAUGUAACCAAGAGUAAACUAGAGGUAACUAAAAGCACUAGGAAAACCCGCAGUAGAUCAUAUGAUGAUGGUUACUUAACAACCGAGAGUUCUAAUUCAUCAGAACGAAGUCGCUCAAGAACUAAGAAGCAAAGUACUGCGAAGGCGAAUAGAUUCCUCACGCCCGCUUCCAAGGGAAGGCAUCCUUACAAUUGCGGACCAGUUUCUCCUAAGGGAACUACAGAACAAAUUCAGAAUAGAUUCGUCACGCCCGCUUCCAAGGGAAGGAAUCCUAACAAUUACGGACCAGUUACUCCUAAGAUUGUACCCAACACACCUCAGAUAAUAAUGAGGCGGCCGAUACAAGGUGAAGUGGCCCUCUCUCUGCAGGGUAGCCCGCUAUUAGUGAACCCAACAACUCAAGACUGCGCGACCACUAUCAACAUACCCCUCGAAGGUGGCUGCCAGCUUAGCUUAUUGCCACAAACCGGCUUAAGACCGUCUCUGCUGCCAGUUUUGGAUCAAAACACUAAAGAAGAUUUAAGGAUUUUAAAUGAACACCUAACAGCCUUGCUUAAUAACCAGAAAUAGUAAUGUUAUGUGACAUGUCAAAAAGGUAGAGAGUCGUAACUCCACUUUUUCUCGAUUUUGAGUUAAUGUGGUUUUCCUUCUGCUUGAUCUAUAAUCCACAUUCUAGCUGUAAAUCGCAACUCCCAGCCACUACUUUACGUGGUAUGAUUUUGUGAAAAAAUAUUAAUGUGUUUUAGUGAGGGAAACGUUCAUUUCCAACAAUUGUGUAAAGUGGAGUUACGACUCUUUAGCUCUAUGGUACAGAUAUAUGUGUCUGAACUUUAUUCUUGUGACAUAAUAUUCGAUAUAUAUUUUUUCAUUCUAUUUAUUAUUACAUUUUAAAGAUUCUUCAGGUCGUAUUUUUUUAAUUUUGCAAUUUUUUUAACUGUUAAUAAACGCUAAAAUAAUGUAAUGAAUUAGUUAUUAAAGUUUUUAACCUGUGUAUUAGUUAUUAAGUUAUGAGUGAAACUUGCUCAAUUGGAUAAACGAAUAUUUAUUAUACAUUAGUAAAGGUAAACUUUUGAUAUAAAAGCUUAUUUUUGUACCGAAAACAAAAGUUGUUUGUGCCAUUCAAAUAAAAUGCUGACACCGAAGUAAUAAAAUUUCUUUAUAUGCAUUAAUAGGAGUACGUCAACUGCAAGAAAUAGAUUAGCGUGUAAUUUCGCUUAAUUUAAAACAUCGAAUGAAUUCAUGUCAAGUCGUCGUCGUCUGCUGAAUCGUCAUUCUCCUCGGCAUCGGCAUCGUUCGGCACCUCCAGCCUGAUGUUGUUCAAUAAAUCUCUCAUGGCGUCCACCAACGAGGCCACGCUAGUUUGUAAAUCGACAAUGGCAUUUUCUUCUAUACCAGCAGGCAACGCUCUGGCACCGUCCUCUUCUCUAGCUCUGCAAUCGAACAUUAGAACAAACAUUUGUAAAUAUCGAGAACUCGAACAUUCACUUACUGUUCUGGUGCGUUCGGAUUAAAAUUAGGUAGAAUCGAUCUAAAAAAUAUACCCAAAGCGUUUCCGCUCGAAUGAGAUACCGUGGAUUUCUUCGAUCUCGUAUAAAUAUUGAUGGAAUCUUUCGGUGGUAGUGGAUCGAAACUCAUUACGGGACCGGCGGCUUCCUGAAAAUCAACAAUGAAAUAACAGAAAGAAAUAAGUUGUUAUAAUGGAUGUCCCGUAUAAGAACUAACACAGGGCAGGAGAAUGUAGGGGAGCCUAGCACGUUGUUUUCCCAACUUAAUUCAGCCAACUUUUGAAUUAUCGACUAUUGAUGGUUAGUGCUCUGGAGCGUUCUAAAUUGUUCUAGACAGUUUUAAAUGAUUCUAGAGCAUUUUAAAUAAUUCUAGACAGUUAUAAAUGGUUCGGGAUCGCCCUUUUUGGUUCUAGACAGCUCUAGAUGAUUCUGGAGCAUCCCUAAAUGGCAGAAGAAUGACAAAAAAACUAAACUCACUUUCAUCUUGUUAAAAAUUCAGAUAAUAAACUUUGUAUUAAAUUAAAUAGAGUUAAACAUCAUUUUACGGGCUCCCCUACACGCGCACUCUCUGUGUCAGUUCUCAAGUGGGACACCCUGUAGGGGUAAGUGCAAAUGUGGUAGCAAUUCUUUGAGUUGAACAAAGAAAUAUUAACAAAAUAUCAGUGAUUAGAGUGCGAAAGUUGCAAUUCCACAACAUCACUCUUUCUUUUUCCUUUAUAUGAGACUAAAGGAAAUUUUUUUUGUUGCACCCAUGGACCAUAUUAUGUACAAAUUUGUAACGUGUAUACAUACAUCAGUCAUCGGAGAUACUCCUUUUAUAUCGGAUAACACAAUGUGCCGAGCUAUACUCAACGGCAGGUUUCCUUGGAAUCUCUUCAACCGUUUAACUUCGUACUCUUUAACCAUAGGAUCGUUAUUUUCGACUCGAUCUAAAACCUGAUGCACGUUUCUCUCUAACCACGGUAGUAAGUCGCUGUCUUUCCAUAUGUGGUAACUCCUUUUUAUGUACAACUGGAUCAAUUGCGUCAAAGCCAAAGGCUGCCUAAAUAAGGAAGGUUACUAUUAGUUUUUAAAUUUAUUCUUUAUAAAUUGCUUACCUUUUUACGUCGUUGGCUGUGGUGAAGAAUGGAUUGCUAGCGACCCUGUUAUCAGUCUGUACGCUGCAUUGUUCUAACAAUGGCAAAAGCACCCCCGGAAAUAUGAGAAGGGCUUCUUGCAGCACGAAAUCCGCCUUCUCCGAAUCUUCCAAAUACAAAUGUGCCACAGCUAAAAUAAAAUUUACUCAAAAAUCACCGUUUACAUUUACAGGGUGUUAAUUGAGUGCCGAUACUUCAAAAAAGUUUUAAAACCUUAAACAAAGGCCUUUAAAACGUAAAACCUUUUGCUUUAAGGCAACACUAAUGUCCUCUAAGCAAAACCUCUCUUCCUUCACUUCUUUUUAUGCAUAUACUAUAGCAUGUACUAUUUUUUCUUCGAACAUAUUGAGUUAAAAUUCCGUACGGACGUCACUGCUAAAAAUUUUAAAAACUCUUAGGUCUUACAAAUGCUCCUAAUAAUUAAAAAGUGUGUACAAAAUUUCAUAAAAAUUUCUGGAGUAAUAGAAACCUAUGAUAGAAAAGUUUUUUUUUCUAAAUUUAUAACACCCUGUAGCUCGAAAACUAAGAGGUUUAGGACAUAUAUUGUUAUAAACUUUUCUUCUUAAAAUCAUCCAAAUAUUCACAACCUGAAGUAUCGGCACUCAAUUAAUUAACACCCUGUAUAAUAAAUCGACGAACCUAAUGAAUAAGCAAUGUUGGGUAACCAUGUCAGAUUUUUAGUGCUGUCCCAUUCUUUAACGAAAUCUAUAAACCACUGGUACUCUCGUGCUCUUAUUGCAUAAAAAUCUACAGCUAAAACAAUGGCCAAUGGAUCGCCGUCAGGAUCUAACGAUAGGAGCAAUUUACAAAAUUCUAAUGAUGUGCGAUAACAUGCUUUGCCACCAAUGAACAUCAGAUGCUUGAAUAUCGUUAUGUAGAGUGCUCUAAAAAAAUUACUUUGUUAAUAUUUAGGUUCUAAUUAUGAACUGAUCGUCUUACCUGUUUUCCUGUCUUCUAUAAUCCAGUCUACAAUUACCCUGAGCAACGUUAAAUAGAGGAUGAUAAACGUAUUCUAAAGAAUAUAGCGCUCGCUCGAUAAGUUCCGCUGCCGUAGCUAAAUCUUCGCUUAAUUUACACAAAUCUGAGAGCUGGAUCAGAGCGUCAACGUGAUACUGAUGCUCGUUUAUAAUAGCUACUAUAUUAUUAGGAUUUAUGCUUUCUACGGCCUCUAAAAAUUUAUUUUGCACUUGCCUAUAACUUUGACUAUGUUCAUAGGUGAAAUAUUGUAUUCCAUUUUUGUUUUCUAUGUACGUCAUAGAAAGACCGGAUUUUCCCACAUUGGGAUAGUUUUCCUUGCAAUUUACCAUUGUUAUUUGCUUCCCGUGAGCGCGACCUCCUGCUCGGUUUUUACGUUUA